AUGACGACGCCAGAAUUCUUGCGUACGCGAGUGAAGGCCUUUAGCGACACUUGGCUUAGGGAUUUAGAUAGAAAUGACGUGGAUGUACUUUUCUUUUCCAAACCGGAACCCGGCUUCAAUACAAUUUCGAUGGCAGAUGUGGAUGACCACGUCUAUCCGCCUCAGAAAAAAUCAUUCAAAAUGUUAGCUUUUUUCCACGACAAACUCAUCGAUCAAUAUGAGUGGUUUCUCCGCCUUGACGAUGACACUGUAAUUCAGUGGGAGAACCUCAACUUGUUUCUGGCGCGUCUCAACUCAACCAAGCCCUUGAUGAUCGGCAACCCAGGCAAUCAGUCUUGA